UCUGAAAAUAUGUCAACAAAAACUUCGAAAGCAAUAAAAACCUCGCAAACGACAAAAACUUCAAAAGCCCCGAAAGUCGAAGCUGAAGUAAAUGCAGUUUGGGUCUUGACAACAUUUUUUUCUAGAUACAAAUAUGAUUUUGAAAUGGAGCAAAUCGACCAACGUUGUUUCGCUUCUGAAGAACUUGCGCGAACAGCUAUGAAAAUAACAGCAACGAAACUAUACCAAUCACCACUUAUCCAAGAGGCUCAUGACAAAUAUUUUGAAGAAUAUGAGUCGGAGAUACACUUUGGAGAAAGACCUGGAGAAUCCGAUUAUAGAAGAGAAUUUGGCUGUUGCAGAGUCGAAUUCGUUGAAAUUGAAGGCAAAAAAAGAUGA